CUUCGCAUUUUGUCAUCUACAACAUCAGUUACGCUCCUGUAUAUAUAAAACUUUAGCAAAAAUCGCCUGUUUCUUGUAGCACAGAAAUAUAUACUAUAAAGUAACAAUAGCGAUUGGCAAAACUCUGACAGGCAGACAGACAGGCAGACAGACAGACAGUAGGCACUUUAUUUCCUGACAGACAGUCAUAAUGUUAAACUGUACUGGGUAGCAUUAGCAUUAGCCUACAGCUCUAGGAAUGCCGUCCUCUAGUUAGGGCUACAGUCUUUUCGUUUUGAUUAGACAAAUAAUAUAAAGCACUAUGAAUUUAUUACCAUCAAAUCCUCACGGUAAUGGAUUACUUUAUGCUGGAUUUAACCAGGAUCACGGAUGUUUUGCGUGUGGAAUGGAGAAUGGAUUCAGGGUUUAUAACACAGACCCGCUCAAAGAAAAAGAGAAACAAGAGUUUCUGGAGGGAGGAGUCGGGCACGUGGAGAUGCUUUUCCGAUGCAAUUAUCUUGCACUUGUUGGAGGCGGGAAAAAGCCGAAGUACCCUCCCAAUAAAGUGAUGAUAUGGGAUGAUCUGAAGAAAAAGACUGUGAUAGAGAUCGAGUUUUCCACCGAGGUCAAAGCUGUGAAGCUUCGCCGUGACAGGAUCGUGGUGGUCCUGGAUUCCAUGAUUAAAGUCUUCACGUUCACCCAUAACCCUCAUCAGCUGCACGUGUUCGAGACCUGCUAUAACCCCAAAGGUUUGUGUGUCUUGUGCCCAAACAGCAACAACUCUCUGCUGGCGUUCCCGGCCACACACUCAGGACACGUGCAGAUCGUGGAUCUGGCCAACACCGAGAAGCCUCCGCUGGACAUUCCCGCGCACGAGGGCUCCCUCUGCUGCGUAGCGCUAAACCUGCAGGGCACGCGCAUCGCCACCGCGUCCGAGAAGGGAACCCUGAUCAGGAUAUUCGACACCUCGGCUGGGCAACUGAUCCAGGAGCUGCGGAGAGGAUCACAGACCGCCAACAUAUACUGCAUCAAUUUCAACCAGGACGCGUCUCUGAUCUGCGUUUCCAGUGAUCACGGCACAAUCCACGUUUUUGCAGCGGAGGAUCCCAAGAGGAACAAGCAGUCCAGCUUGGCGUCCGCCAGUUUCCUGCCCAAGUAUUUCAGCUCCAAGUGGAGUUUCUCCAAGUUCCAGGUGCCGUCCGGUUCUCCCUGCGUCUGUGCCUUCGGGACCGAGCCCAACGCUGUGAUCGCUAUCUGCUCCGACGGGAGCUACUACAAGUUCCUGUUUAACCAGAAGGGCGAGUGUUCGAGGGACGUGUACGCGCAGUUCCUGGAGAUGACCGACGAGAAGAUCUGAACACACACACACUACUUCACUUUACCCGAGUCUGGGAGAUUCCCGGAUAGGGAAGGACUCCGGUGGGACACGAGCGGAGGGAACUAAACACUGUCCACACUCGAGUCUCUCCUGACUGGAGCAGGACUGCGAGAGUGACUGACGAGGGAAACCUUAUUUUGUGACGGGACACUUUUUAAACCGGUCUUCCGUGGGUCCAGCGUCCCGGCGCUGACGGACCUGAUGUAGGAGUGCCUCUGCAUCAUUCACACACUGCAUUUGCAAACUGUUUCUUAGUGUUAGAUAUUGUUUUUCUUGCUGUAAGAACACCAGAUUAAAAUCACCAAACUACAUGUAAUAUAGGCUAGUAUUACGAAACAGACAUUUUUUGGUGUAAAUAUGUGCUCCUCGUUUCAUGCUAUAUUUGCUGGCUUUAAGGAAAUCUAAUCAGUGUACAGGAUAUGCUUCGGUAAUUAUCACACGAGAGACGUGACAGAUCUUCUCCACAUUUACACUCCUAAUGGUUUCAAAUAAAAUGGUCAGCUUUUUCCCAAAUUAACCCAGAAGAACUGCAUUGCUACUUUAAAAAGGGUAAAUGUUUGGAGCUUGUAAAGUCUUGCAGUAAUUCUCUGAACCAGAAGUGCCCAUCUCAUCACCCGCUGAAGAACAGUGUCUUCACUCUUAUUACUGUUCUUUCAGAUGUAUCUGAGCUGUUUUGUUACUCAUUUGAUGCUUUUGUCAUUGAUUACGUGCAAGUGAUGCGCAUAAUUUCAUGAAGAUGAUGCACACAAUUCAGUAUCAUGACAAAUUAAAGACGAUUGUAAACAAU